UAAUAUAUAUACCCCAUGGUUGCAGUCUAUGAGCUCCCUAUCAUCGACGCCACCAUGAGCAUCUUGAGCAUGGUGGAGGCGAAGCUACCUCCGGGCUUCAGAUUCCACCCGAGGGACGAAGAGCUCAUCUGCGACUACCUCGCGGCCAAGCUCGCCGGAGACGGCGGCGUCGGCUUCCGUGGCUGGCCCAUCAUGGUGGAGGAUGUCGACCUCAACAAGUGCGAACCUUGGGAUCUCCCCGCUACUGCAUGUGUCGGGGGCAAGGAGUGGUACUUCUUCAGUCUCCGAGAUCGAAAGUACGCGACGGGGCAGCGAACCAAUCGCGCCACCAUGUCAGGCUACUGGAAAGCGACCGGGAAGGAUCGAUCGGUGGCUCGGAAGGGAUUCCUUGUGGGGAUGAGGAAGACUUUGGUGUUCUAUCAAGGAAGAGCUCCCAAGGGCAAGAAGACGGAGUGGGUCAUGCAUGAAUACCGCAUGGAAGAAUCUGCUGCGACUCCAAACUUGCCCUUCAAGGAAGAUUGGGUCCUAUGUAGAGUGUUCUACAAGAGCAGAGGGAUGUCCACCAAGCCAAGCAUGGAGACAAGCCAUGAUGAUUCAAGCCCCCAAUCCCUCCCUGCUCUGCUGGACAACUACAUCACCCUUGACCAAACCCCACUCAACUUGGAGGGGUUUGAGCAGGUGCCCUGCUUCUCCAGCACAGCCCCAAACUUGGUCCCACACCUGCCCCCAGUGGAGAGGGACAUGCCCCUACCAAGAUGCUUGGCACAAACAGGUGGCUUGCCUGACCCAAGCUCUGGAUUGAAUCAUCUCACUGGUGACAGGAAGGUCCUGAGAUCAGUUCUGAACAACCUCACCAAGCUGGAGGAUGACCCAAAGGGAGAGGUGGUGCCAAAUUUUGGUGAAGGGAGUUUGGGGGCUUACUUAACACAGAGGUCUCUGGCAUCAACAUGGAAUCCUUUUUGAGGUUUUGAUGAGGUUGGUGAGCAAUUAGAACAAGAAUAUACCUCCUAUUUAUAUCACUCAUUCCAAGUUGCCCACAUACAUGUCCAGUUAUUAUAAGUUCCUGUUCCAUGCAAUAUAGGAAGCUUUCUUUUUUGUUUAUGGUGGAUAAGCUUAAUGGGCAUCUCAACACAAAUGUUACUGAGACAGAAGAAGUGUGAGGUUGAUGAUUAAUGGGAAAUGACACCAGCUGGCACAGGUUUAAUGGAAAGGCUACCAAGGUCAGAUGCAGAAAGCCUCCUCUUGAUUCUGUGUUACAUAUAAAUUAUUUGUAUGUUUGUUUACAUACACUGGACUUGUAAUUUGGUUGUCAUGUCAAAAUUUAGUGUGAUCAAUUAUGGUUGUUUUGCAGAAUUGGAACUGCAUACCAAAUUUACAUGUGCUCUAAGUAUACUGGAUUGAUGUACUUGAAGUUACCUCACAAAGAAAAAAUGACUUGAUCCAGAUGGAUUAUCCCUUUA